AUGUCUCUGCCGUCAAAAGCGACCACGAGCCUCCUCCGGCACGCCGGCCGGCAGCAACUCCCCGCCCUGCGCUCCUCCGCCGCCCUGGUGCAGAAGCGCAAUCGAGCCGACUCGCCCUUUGACGCCUCCACCUCGCACGCCGAGUUCACGUCUCCCUUCCACCGCGGCACGCGCAAUGAGCAGGACACCACCGUCAUACCGAACUGGGGCAAGUACCGGUCGUCGAGCAGCGAGACGGGCAACAAGCUGUUCCAGUACUUCAUGGUCGGCUCGUUCGGUGGCUUGACUGCUCUAGGAGCGAAGAAUACCGUGCAAGACUUCCUCGUAAACAUGUCCGCCUCGGCCGACGUGCUCGCCCAAGCCAAGGUCGAAGUCGACCUCUCGCAGAUCCCCGAAGGCAAGAACGUCAUCAUCAAAUGGCGCGGGAAGCCCGUCUUCGUGCGUCACCGCACGGCCGACGAGAUCAAAGAAGCGGAAGACGAGGACUGGAAGAAGCUGCGGGACCCGCAGCCCGACGAGGACCGCGUGAAGAAGCCCGAGUGGCUGGUGAUGCUGGGCGUGUGCACGCACUUGGGCUGCGUGCCGAUUGGCGAGGCGGGCGAUUACGGUGGGUGGUUCUGCCCUUGCCAUGGAAGCCAUUAUGAUAUUUCGGGGCGUGUGAGGAAGGGGCCUGCGCCGUUGAACUUGGAGAUUCCGGAGUACGACUUCCCCGAGGACGGACUCAUGGUCAUUGGGUAG